AUGUCCCGACACAUCUACAUCAGGAACAAGAUCGGAGAGGGCAUCCAGGCGCCCAUUUUUCAGGUGAGCCAUUUCAAACAUCUCUUUCUGCGGAUGCACACCUUAAAACUGUUGAAACCACUUAACUAUUUACACUUAACAGGUGUUUUGGCACAGAGUUUAAAUCAAGAUAAAGAGUCCACGUGUGACAAUUAGUUUAUUUGACUCUUAACUAAAGUCCAUAAUUAGGAGCUAGCACCUUCUUUGCCAUAUUUUCAUAACACUUUAAAUUAAAAAAUGCUUCUGAAUAAAAGCUUACAUGGAUAUUAUUUACAAGACUAAAGAAAUCAGUUAAAACAGUGGUUUUCAACUGGUGGGUCCCGACCCAAAAGUGGGUCACGGAGACUUUCUGGAUGGGUCACGAACAGCUGGUCAACAGAGUAAAUAUUUAAUGCGAUAUUUAUCAGAUAUUUGAUAUUUUUUGUACACGCAACUUCAGAAGUUGUCGUCCUCAUGUUGUACCCUUCAUGUGCUCUGAAAUGCACUUUACUCAGUAAAACAAGUGGAUUUAUGUUUAAGAUUAGAGUCUUUUAAAGUUUUUAUUUAUAUAUAAAAAUAUUUUUUUUCUUUGGUUAGAAUUCUAUAAAAGUGGGUCAUGACUUAAGGACCAUGGGAAAAUGUGGGUCCCAGAGUAAGACAAGUUGAGAACCACUGAGUUAAAACAUCUGAAACAAAAUGGCUAGAAAUCUAAGUCCUAAACUCUGCAAGAGGAGGAGGAACUCUAAAUAUUCAAGCCCCCCACAGGAGCUUUGAAGGGGAACAUUUUUAGUUUAAAAAAAAAAAACAGUUAAGUAUUGUAAUAAAUGUUUUAUUUUUAGUGCUUAUGAUCAAAAUCUAAAGACUAGAUUGAGAAAAGGAACCCUCAUAUAAGAGACUUAAAACUGUUGUGAAACUGGAAAAUAUGUUUGAUGACAUGAUUAAGAUAAAUGACAAACUUUAUUGCCAGGUAAACAUUUUGGCAAUGUUUUCUGUGUUGUUAUACAUUUAUAAAUAUAUAUUGCACAGUGUCAUAUUUCCCCAAGUUACUUAUGAUAGUUAUUUUAACAGAUUCUUAAAAAAAAUUUCGAGUAGAGAGUAAAAAGUUACUAUUUUAACUUUUCUGUAAAGGUAGUAUUUAUAUUACUCUGAAACAGCUUUAGCCUUUUUUCUGGAAUCUUGAAUUCACAUACAGUAUCGUGUGAGUCUACAUAUUUCCUUCUGUUUCCUCUGACAAAAGAAACCUAAAAACAUUUUUAAACAUGUUCUGUACUUCUUUAAAUACACGCCUUUCUGUGUUGUUCUGUUUUACAUCUCUGUGAUCUUUAUCAUAUUUUGUCUGGCUGAAGAAUUUAUGCUUUUCAAACGUACAUUUAAUUAAUCGAAGGGUGUUUACCUCCCAUUAUCUGAAUUCUUCUAGCAUUUUCUAUGAACUUUUUUAUAGAUGAUUUAGGGCAGUGGUUCUCAAGUCUAGUCCUCGAGGCCCACUGUCCUGCAUGUUUUGGAUGUUUCCCUGCUCCAACACACCUGAUUCAAAUGAUCAGCUCGUUAUCAAGCUCUGUAAUGGCUUACUAACGAGCUGAUCAUUUGAAUCAGGUGUGUUGGAGCAGAACCACUGAUUUAGGGUUACAGUCAGACAUUAUGUGCAAAGGUAAUAUAUUUUAUAAAGUAUAAAUAGCACUUAUAUCUUUAUUUUAAAAGGAGCUAACUUAUUUAUAGUUUCAUUCGCUAACUUUAAAUCUGUUUUUUUUUUUUUUUUUUUACUUGGUGCAAAUAUUUUGUUGGUGAAAAACUUUUAAAAACACAAUACAUAAUCAGAAAUACAAACAAGGUUUUUAACUUUUAUAUUUAAUAUUGUUUCAGGUGUAGUAUGUGGCACAUUUUUAUAAACUGUGAACUGAUAACUACCUCUUCUCUCAGCCUAAUUGAUAAUUGGAGGCUAGAUUCUUGUAUUUGGAUGUUGUAUUCAUAGACUUGGCUAACUUUAUCCAUCAAAGCUCCUCUUGGCUUGAAAUGAGAGACAGUGGAGAGAUGGUGACCCAGAUUAAUGGCCCUGUUUCAUAAAAUUCAGGGAAGUAGGUCCUGACUCUUUGACGGUGACAUUGUCAUUAACUCUAGAGACUUGAACAGAAGUGGGGCAAAUCACUGGCAGAUAAUUAAUUUAGCUCCCUGGAGAUGAACUCUGCUGUUAAAUUUGGACUGUUUGGAAGAGGAAAAGAAAGACCGUCAGGUGGGAUGGAGAGAAGUUAGCAGGAAAAACACUUCAGUCAUAUUCAAGCAAAAAUAUAUUUCCAACAGACAAGGAUUUGGCUGAUUAAAAAAAAAAGGUAUGUUUUUAAUUAGCUGUGUUUUCUCCCUCUCAGGUGAAUCGAGGGACUUAUUCCAGGAGGAGCCGACUGAAGAGGUCUGAUGGAAGCACCACCUCCACCAGCUUCAUCCUCAGACAGGUACUGACAUGAACCUCCUGCACGCUAAAACACUAAGACAGAAAAGUUUGCUCAAAACCAAAUAUUUCAUAAGAUUCUCCACUAAAUUUGCAUUAAUCACUGUGAUUCCUGAGCUGUUUUUUCAACUCCAUGCAUGUUAUUUAGAGGGUUCUGUGACUCUGCAGAGUAUUUUGUGUAUAAUUUCCUGCCAGUUCAAACUCUUGAGGAGUCCUCUGCUCGCACCACAAAUAAUGUCAUUCAGGUCGUGCAGCUUCUCAUGCGCAAUUUCUGUGCUUUCAGUGAAGAGGCGCCCUCUAGCGGCUGUUGGAAUAAUGAUGUGAGGAAGCUGGGAGUCAGUUGGUGGAGUUAAGAGUGCUACAGAGGCACCUUCAGAUAGAAAGUCAGGUUGAUGAUCCCUGUUAGUAAAGCUCCAAAAUUGUGUUAAGUAUCAAAACUGAUAAGAAUAUUAAGCAAAAUCGAGGCCAUUACAAAGCAUUAAGAAUCUUAACUACCUGCUUUUAUGUUCCUUUUUUAACUGCAGUAUGAACAGAGUAUUUGUUCCAAGAAUUGACACACUGACAGUUUGAUUUCACAUAUUUGACUUUUAUCUGUUUGAGUUUCUCAGCAUGCCAUUAUGCUUUUUCCAUGGCUGAUACCAGUGGUGGUUAAUACAGAAGAGGUCAGCUGAUGGCCAAAAUAUAUAACAGUGAUCUCAUGUUGUUAUCUUUGUUAGAUUUAGCAAAUUUAAAAACAUUAUCAGUCAUUAAUCCAUGCACAUUUAUAUUCAAUAUACAUGAUUAUACGUGAUUUUUAAGCAUUUGGCAGGAGCUUUUAGAGUAUCUUACUGAGAAAAACAUGUUAUCACUGAGACAAUGUGAUAUUGCUGGAGAGCAGCCACACUAACCAGGUGGCCUGCAGUGUCUGCAAAGUCCUGAAGAGCCCAGGUAUCGACCAAUGCUGAUUAUUUCCAAAUGCCAUUAAUUGAUCAGUCUAUUAGGCUGGAUUGAUUCAUCCCUACUGUCUAGAUCCAUCAUAGAUCUGGGUUGUGUAAAACGCUGUGUGAAACCCAAUCCAGAAAGGUCAAACAAGUUUCCCUCUGUUAUGGUCCAGGGCUUGUGGUUACGCUGGAGGGACCAGUGAUCUUGAAAAGCCUCAGGACUAGCCAAUCAACCUCUGGUGAUGUUGUUAAAUGCUAUGGUCACUGCAGACACAUUUAUGAAGCUGCAAGCUCAUUUUUAUACCUUUAUGUUGUUAUGAAAUUCUUAUUGUAUUAAGUUACAGUUAGUGCAACAUACAUACAGUAGUUUGAAAUGCUCACAUCUCUAGUUUUGCUUCAUUACUUUUGUUAAAAGAUCGUUGUCUUGUGCUUUUUUAAUUUAGUUGUCAGUUUCUUCUCCAUUUGAAAAGGAGAGUUCUUUCAAAGUGCUAUUUAAGCAUUUCAGCCAGCUCUGCCCCUGCUGAUCCUGACACUGUUUGCCUCAUUUCCAUAAAACUCCUGGUGCUUAAUUUUGAAAGCAUUGAAAAAAAAAAAAGGAAGAAAGAUCAAGUUCGCGAGUUUUAAAAAUGUUGAAAAUCUUUGCAAAGUAUACUGAGUUAUGAUGUGACAGUAAUGGCAACUGCUGGGUUUUCAUCCUGUAUGUAGGCUUGGUUAAGAGGAAAUACAACAGACAUCAUUUAUAAAAUGUUACAAAUAUGUGGAAUCAUCACACUGCUAAGUGGGCAUUUCUGCACACUGAAGGUCCUUACACACUGGGAACGACGCAAAUAUAUGACGCGAAAUUACGAAAUAAUCAGAGGUGAAUUUUGACGCGCCUGACUAUACACAUCAAGCACGAUGCGAUUUUGCGACUUUCCGGGGGGAAAAAAAGAUGCAUCCUGGGUGGAAGCGAGAAGACUGACACAACAGCAGACUGAGUGUUUUUCAGUUCUGAUUAGACUCUAGUGUUGAGAUGUCUGUCUGUCAUGAUAGCAUGUACUGAGUCAGGGCCGGUACCAGAUAAGCACAUUAAACUAUAAUCCAUAAACGUAAGGUAACAACUGAGACCUAAUGGUGCUGUGACAGCAACGCCAUUGAGUUUGAGACAGUGAAAAUACAUAUGGUAUGUUGUAUCUGAACAGAUUAGCUUACGAGCUAAAGUUACUUAGCACAGAUGAAAGUUAAAACAAAGACGUUUAGCAAACUGUUAAAACACACAAACCAUCGUCAUAUGAGAAAUCCGACUCUCCACUCUCCACAAGUUGUCCUUCAGGUCGUUAUCUUUGUCAUAUUUGUGUCUUUUAUUGAGAAGCACUCUGUUCUCUGACACGUAAACAAUCAGCUGGUCGGCCAUGUUGGAUAUACCGGUGAAUCUGACGUUGCAACAACACGCAAUCUGAUUGGUCAGAGGUGGACACACAGUAUGCGAAACUUUAGAAAAAUCAACCAUGAGCAGAAAAAAUAAAUGCCGAAAUACCACAGGACGGGAAAACGUCGCUGAUGUGAACGCUUGUAUCGACAGGAUACGGGUUCUAAAAAAAUAUUGAUGUCCAAAAUAAUCACAUGUAAAAAACGCUCCCGGUGUGUAAGGACCUUAAUACUGAGCAGACGGGCAUAGACACAAUGCACCCAAAUGUUAAAGUGUAAUCACGAGUGCAUAAUAGUACAGUCCCCCAGGCUCGAAAUGAGCAAUCUGUCAGUGCCUGCUGCAAGGAGUGGCAAGUUAGCUUCACUUUUGUAAAGCAAUAGGAGGUAAAGACACAUCAUCCAUCUUUAUACACAGUCAAAGGGUUAACAUGUAGAAAAAAAUACUUAGAACCAGGGCUCAUUCAGUGAAAAAUACCUAUAUGUUAAGUUGCAUGUGUUGUCUUAAGAUAAAAUCCUUUUUUUCUGGUUGAUGGUGCAGCUUUGAUUCAAAUUGCUUUCAGCUUCCAGUUUUAAAAUUAACCUUUCUUUUCUCAGUUCAUGCAUUUAAUGUCUAAUUCUCCCAUCAGAGCUGAAUCCGCUGCAUUUUUCCAGCCGCUCUCUGUAACCGUUAGAGGAUAAAAAAGGCAGAGUGAGGACAGGAGGUAAGAGGGAAAUGGAGGAUGCUGCUCCCCUCUUUUACUCCUCCAUCCCCCUCCCCCGUUUUCCCCGCUGCCUCUUCGCACUCAUCCAAGCUGAGUGGACAGCCAGCCAGCCAAUCAGCUCGCUGCACAUUGGCUCUGUCAUCAGGCUUGGAUAUUGAGGAAGGAUCUGCUGCCUCUGCUGCUGCUACUGCUGCUGCUGCCUCUGCUUCAUUGUGUGUGUGUGUGAGUGUGUGUGUGUGUGUGCACCUAUACAUGUGUGUGUGUGUGUGAUGAAUAAAAUGCCAGUGUUGGGUUACCUCCAGGGAGAGCCUCCUCGUCCUAUAAUGUGAGCCAGCAGCGCAGCAGCAGCAGCGCCGUGCGAUCAGGGAGAAGCUGCAUCCAUCAGGCCUCCAGAGGACGAGGCGUGAUCCAAAGGAGAGACCUUUUUUUAUUUUUUUUUUAAAGAAUUAUUCAUCUCUGCUGUGGAGAGACGGGAUUGUCGUCAUCUCCCCCAUCCAUCCUUUUUUUUCUUAGCGGAGCCCCCUCCUUCCUCCUCCGCCUCCUCCACUCUCGUUUUUUAUUCCCCCUCGUUCUUCUAGAGGUGCUCGUUGGAUUAUCAAACCUCCAUGUAUGACAAUUUGUACCUGCAUGGAUUUGAAGACUCGGAGGCGGUGAGUGUUUUGGGUGUGUGUGUGUGAAUCUCAGCUACUCACACACACACACACAUUUUGGAGGCCUUUUUUGAUGGGUUGGCCAGCAGUACAGUGUAGCGUGAUCGUGGGUUAUGCUUGGCUGAAAGGGGGUUGGGUGGGUGGGUGUUGGUGUGUGUGUGAAGGCGGGGGUGCACAUUAGGCAGAUGGCUUCUGACGUGUGACAUUCACACACUUCCUCUAAAUAUAACCUCAGAUUUUCUGCAUUUUGGCUGAUAUGAGAAGAAACAAGGAGCCAUUUCUCUCAGGCUGUACUUCCAGAAAAAGACUGAACCGGGACUCAAAGAGGAAAACGGGAAGAUUUUAAUCACCAAUUUCUAACCCGAGGCCCAUAACAUAACCACUCGUGUCACAUUUCUGCAUUUAUCACUUUUGCUCCCGUUUAUGUGUCCCAUAGGAUUGCAGAAACAUGCAUCGUGAUGCCAUUUAGUAGAUUCUGAUGUUGAUGAGUCACAUGCUGAAGCUACUCCAUUGGUUAAUAGCUGGGAUGCUACGGUACAGUAUGAAAGCAUCCGCACAGAAAUGUAGUUAGGAUGACUCACUUCAGCUGGAAUGAAGGAUUUUCUCAGAAAUUGUGACUGAAGGUAGAAAAAUCCUUUUACUACAAGGGAGUAUUUUAAGUUUACACUCAGUUUGUUUGCAUGGUUUACAUGCACCUCUGCACUUAUGCUUUUGCUUUUCCACAAAGUUAGUGGACCUGAAAGACAAAAAUAGCAGCAAUAGAAGCAGCACAGGCCAAGAUAUCAGAAUUUAAACCCCCAAAUUCAGAAUUACUCACUUAAGUCAGCUCUUGAUUUAAAAUUACAGUUUAACCAUCUUUGCAUUGUUCUUGCUAAAAAUGAAUCAUCCACUCUUUCUACUGAGAUGACGCUGAUGACAUCACCCUGACAUCAGCGGGGCUUAUUUUUCAAGGAGGAAGAUAUUAUACAACAAUUAUCACCUUCUGAAUAAGCACCUUUGACAGGCAGAUUAAAGAAGGUUUUUACAUGUUUUGGGGCUAAAAUACUAAAAUAUAUCUUGUUGUAAUUGCCAAUGUAAGGAACCUUUUUUAACAAGAAACAGGUGCUUUAAUAGCCAGACGUAUAUCAGUGAGGAAAAAAAAGAAACAGGUCAGUCUAACUGUUUAAUGUAGAGGUAGACUAGUAGUUCCUGUUGUCUGUGAGGUGUAAUGACAGUUAUUUUUUUUCAACGGGGUCUCGUUUCUCUAAAGAAAACAAUACAUAGAUUGUUAUGCAACCAAAAAAACAGCCACACAUGGUAGCAGUAGACCGGCAACUCCUUUGUCUUGUAUUUUUGUUACAGAUGUUUGAUGGCUUCGUGGAUGAUAGUGCUGCCUAUAGAAAAUGAUGCUUAUGUAAAACCUGAAUUUCAUUAAACUCUUAACUUCCAGUAAAACCAGUACUUUUAACCCUACAGUAAACAAGAGUUGCUGGUCUACCUCUGCAUUAAACAGUUACGUAAUAUUGUUUUUUUUACAUGCACCAAAAGUACUCAGAAAUUCAUACAAACCAUUUAAGGUGACACAAAAUCAGCAAGUCCUUUGUCCCUGCCUCCGUUUUUGAUAGUGGAGUAUGAUGGCUAUGAAGACUUUCAUGUUGUGGUGCUUACUGUAUCUGGAUUUCUCCAAAACCAUAUAAGGCAAGGAGUUGUUGGUCUACCUCUGCAUUGAAUUUUUAGAUCAUGAUGUUGUUUCUCCUCUGAUGUAAUUGAGGUUGUAAUUUAUUCAAUACAAAAACACUUAGAAAGACAAACUAAGCAUAAGCAUUAAGGACAGCAGCAGACCAGCAAUUCCUUUGUCAUCUCUCUAUUUAUCGGUGAAGUUUGGUGGCUCCAAAGAAAGACAUGUUACAGGGUUUGCUAUAGAAUUAAAUGGUUUUUAAAACCUGGAUUUCUAUAAACUCUUUUAGUUUCACAAACUUUUCUGUUAAAACCAGUAAUUUUACCCUGGAGCAAAGAGGAGUUGCUGGUCUACUCCUGCAUCAAACAGUGAGAUUGCUAGAGCUUCAGCUUGUAUCACCAAUAUCAUGAGGGCCAUAAAUAAAAUGCAAAACUUACACUGAAAUACAGACAAACUAUCCUGUCAGAGUAGCAGUAGAACAACAACUCCUGUGAUAUAAGAGAACAGUGGUACUGUUUUUGAGGCUGAGGAGGGCAGUGUUGCAGCAUAUUUUAUGGUAGAGGUCUCCAGACUUAUCUGAGUGCCUGUACAUGGACUGAAGUAUCCUGGUUAUGAUGUUCACAUACUCACAAAUCUGUUUCCGUCGGCUCCUUUGUGACUGCUUUGUCAAGUAUGUCCCUGCGGCGCUCUUGAGCUUUUUGCAUCUAUUGUAAUUAAGUUAUGGACUCAAAAAUAUGUCAAGACUGGGAAAAGUGGAGACAGUUUCAGAGAGAUUGAUCUGUUUUUGUCUCUUCAUUCUUGGAAAUCUUACAAGCCUUCCAUUUCCUCAAAGCCAGAGCCCUUUUAAUUUGACCGAAUGUUGCACUUUGUGAUUAAAUGAACACAGUCCAGAAGAGGAGGUUUGCUGAAGUCAGGCCUCACUCAUCCCUAGACUGUAAAAAAAAAAGUGCUUAUCUGUGAUGACUGGAGUGAUUGAUCUACUCAGGUCCAACGGUCUCCUUUAAUUGAAUCAUCAGGCGUUGUUUUGGUGACUGUAGCGGAAGAAAGCGCUUGGUUCAGACAUGUCCCAGCAAAAAAAAAAAAAAAAAAAAAAAAAAAAAGGAUUUUGCAUUAACUGAAAACUUGCAAAUUCUGCAUGUCUCUAAAAAACACGGAGCAAGGGGAAAAAAACACAAAACCGAAGCGCUUGAAAACCCUGCUGCUUCUGCGAAAAAGUAAAUUCAUAAUGGUGAUAAUGAUUGUUGGUCGACGUGGAAGAAGAUCUUGUGCAGAUUUUGAAUGAUGAGACCAUUGCUUACCUGUGUAACUUUGGUCUAAACUUUGUAAGACUUUAUUUAAAAAAAAUAAAUAAAAACAUUUAUUUGAAAAAAACAGUGUCACUGUUAAACUUUUGCAGGAAUGUUCUACUUGGAACAACCCUAAAAAGUACUUCCAGAAACCAUUGUCUGCAAAGACAGUUUGUUGCUGUAUCUACAAAUGCAGAUCAGAAUUGCACCAUGUGAGGCGCCCGUGGCCAAGUGGUCUAGGUCUGCCUCAUAUACGUGCUAAAUCCAGAAAGCCUCAAAAAUAAAAACUUUGGAGUUUUGUGCUCUGAAAGGUGAGGGACCACCCAAUUUGUUAUCCAGGCAUGGUUCAAUAACAAGAAUUAAAAUGCGUUGCUGGUGUUGAAUCUAAAAUAAGCAAAAACUUUGUAAAGUCAGUGAAAUUCCAGUGUUGUCUGAGCACUACUGUCAUAAAUGAUUUGCGAACUCUUGAAUUUUGUUUACACUUUACACAGCGUCCCAACUGUUUUGAAAUCAGUGCUGUUGGAUAAAAAAGAUGCUCUUUCUUUAUAUUGAAUUUUAGUGCCUGUGUUUAGGUCAGAUUUGAUGUGCUAAAAGCCAGGCUGAUAUUCAUCACUCACCCUAAAGUGUCAAUGUUUAAACUGUGCUUGUAAACUUUGACGCAGGGAUGUAAGUUUGCAAGCAGAGGAGUUUUGUUUCCCGAGAUAAUUUUGUUUUUGCCCUCAUGGGUGGUACUGGAGUAGGACUGGCAAAAAGACAUAUAAUGACGUAUUAUUUUAUCGUGAUCCUUUACCUCUCUCUCUUGUUGGUUUCCAAGAGUGAAAUAAAAUAACUUAAACUGGUUUGUUUGUGCUAGGCUGAUACAUUUGCAGUAAUUUGGCAUUUUUAAGUUGCUCUAAAUGCAUCUCACCUACCUACUUACUCGCAUCCACAACGAAGUGUUGGGUUUCAAAAGAAAAUCUGUCUCACAGCAAAGUUUUGAGCACCAUCAAUUCGGCUGUAGUGGUUGUUUUACCAUCAUGCUAGCCUCCAGUGGUGUCUCAAAAUAAUCACAUCUGUUUUUUCCAGGUGCAGCGUGUUUCUGCAAAAUACCGAAACCCUUACCGAAGCAGUUUGUACCCCAGCUUUACAACCCCCAGUAACCCGCUGUGUAUGCUUUCUGUUUGCAGGGCUCAGCUGAUUCCUACACUAGCAGACCAUCAGACUCAGAUGUCUCUCUGGAGGAGGAGCGAGACGUGCAGGCUCAGGUCCAGAGCCAGAGCCCCAGCCAGAGCCAAGGACCGGGACAGAGCCGCCAAGAGAGGGAGCAGCAGGCCACCAUUCAACUGGAGAGAGCCAAGGUAACCGAACGGAGGCACUACUGAGCCAGGAAAUCUGCAGAAAUGUUAAAAACACAAUCACAGAUAAACGAUGCUAUGAGCUGGACUGGUUAAGUUAAAGUCUGUAGUUUAAUAGUUGAGUCUUGGCUGGAGGUUUAAAUACCAUUCGAUUAUCACUGCGAUCUUUUUAAAAAAUGUCACAACUUUUUAUCUUUACUUUCAGCCAUUUUUAGGGAAAACAUGGAUGUGGUUUCCAUUGACCAGAUUAUGGAUUAUAUUUUCAAAAAUAACCAAGCAAAGACAUUUCAAAUGUAUUUUAAAUGGUUUACCCAGCUGUAUAUCUAUGACAUGGAUAGUGAUUUUAACAUACUUGAACAUGCUCGUCCUCUGAGACUAAUGGGCAUUGGGGAGAUGGUGGUAAAUUAAGCAGCAAGGAGCUAAUGCCAGUAGCCGGCGUUGCCAUAACAGCUUGGCGGCUAACUUUGGUUGGAGUGUCAUUGUUGACAGAUAUGUUCGUAAUCUCGUCAUGGUCUGCUGGAGCGUCUGCACCUAGGGAGGAUGUGUUAUCAGUGUUCGGAGUCAGUGACAGUUUCAUUAGUUUUUGGAUAUCUGUGGUUCAUGAUUGCAUCAACUUUGAUAUCUGUAUGCAAACUUAGCCACAAGGAUUCACUAAAGUUAACCCUGCUGUUGCAUACAUGUUGCAAAUGACAUGCGGGACAGGUCACAUGAUGACCUGUAUGUGACAAGUAUUUGUAUUUUAGGGUGCAGAAAUAUGGAAUAAGGUCACAGUUCAUGUUUUACAUCCUUGUUGAACCAGCAGAAUAAUACCUAAUUUAGGAGAAAUUCCAUAUCCAUGUCUUGUUCUUCCUCUAGACUAAACCUGUGGCCUUUGCUGUGAGGACAAACGUCAGCUACUGUGGCGCUCUGGAUGAAGAUGUCCCUGUUCCUGCAACAGCUAUCUCCUUCGACGCCAAGGAUUUCCUCCACAUAAAAGAGGUACGUGCCUAUUUUUCGCAUUUGAAUUUUACAACAAUACUGGAUUAUGUAAUCAUCCUUUCAUAUGCAACAGAAUUACAGUCUCUAUGCUCGUACUUGUCAGUUUUAUUCCAUCUAUUAGACGCUUAUUUUAGCUCAAGUUUGAAAACAUUUGCAAAGUAAAAUCAGCUGCACACGUCAAACAUACAAAAAGAUGAUACAGAAAGUAAGCUCGGGCUUUUAGCUGUGAAAAGAACAAGUGCUUUGGCUCUGAGAGUUUUAAUUUAAAUCAAUUUAAACAGGAUUAUGCAAACAACAACUUUGUGCUGCCGCCCACAGAGGUCUGUUUUUAAAUGUUGCAACACCAACUGUGUGCAGAACUUUUUCACAAAAAAGCCGUGAAACCGGAGCCUGCUGAUGAAAAUAUUUUCCACUUAUUUUGUGUUUUGCGUUCCCUCUUUUGUGUUCUCGCCUUCAGAAGUUCAACAAUGACUGGUGGAUAGGUCGGUUAGUGAAGGAGGGCUGUGAAAUCGGCUUCAUCCCGAGUCCUCUGAAGCUCGAGAACAUCCGGCUCCAGCAGGAGCAAAAGAGAGGACGAGUCCAAGGGUAAGUCACUGAAAAACACACCCUGUCUCCGUCUAUUUAUACAAUAAUGCAACAUUAACUCGGAUAGGUUUUUACCGAGACAAAAUGACCCUCCCAACACACAAAAAUAUUCUUUAAAUAAGAAUCUUAAUCUGUGCAUUUUGGAUAAAAGUUAUAGCGGUGAUCCAUAAAAAAAUAAAAAGGCUCUCUUUCCCAUUUAAAAAUAUUCCAUGUGCAAGAAACACAAGAAAAAAGUGAAAAAUAUCACUUUAAGAAAUAUAUCACAGCAGCAAACUCCAUUUUCUUUUCUUAAAUAAAGAGACGUAUUCAGUUUUUACAGCUCAGGUCAGGGUUAGGGUUUAGGGGUUAGGGUUAAAAUCACUGUCCAGGACCUUUUGGAGGAGCAUGUUUCAGACCUUUUGGAGUCAGUUAGUACAAAAAAUUAGGAACAAUAUCUUUUUUUUUUAGGUGUUAGGGCUUCCUUUGGGUAACAACAGGGUUUUGGGUUACGGGGCUAGGGUUAAGGUUAGGGUUUUUCAGUUUUACAGUUUGUGUUAAGACCCUCCAUGACUAGAGCGUGAAAUUAUUUUGACUUUUGCUUUUAUUUCUCCUCCGAACUUGAGCUUUAUGCUGACAUUAAAAUGUGCCAAACCUGUUGGUAUUAUAGAUUAAUAACCACUCUGUCUCAUCACUUCAUUCAUAAUUUCCAUCUUUUGUUUUGGGUUGUUUUUUCUCUCUCUUGGUGACUUAAAAGAACCUUAAAAGCUGAAAAUCUGCGCACGUAAAGGGUGUGAAAUCAAUGAGGUAAAAAAAUAAAUUGCAACACUCUUUUCUAAACAGCAGUAGGCGCCAUCUGCCUUUGACUUCUCUUAUCACGUAGCAUGUAUAUCCUUCUCUUGUGUUUCACAUCGACAACCAGUGUCUUGGCCUUUAAUUGAGGUGAAGUCAGACAGGACGAUGCAGAAAGUGAUUGACCCCGGACCAACACAAACCUGGUCCCAAGUUUGAAGUUUGUGCUGCAGCUAUGGAGAGGGAGACAGUAAGAUAGGCGUUAGAGAGCAUAACAGCACUCCCACGAAGGCAUGACAUGUGCUUGCUGAUGGAGUGAAACUGAGUUUUUGUUGAAGGCUCAGAGAUGAUCUCAGGAUGCAUGAGGACUCUGUCAUCACCAGUGCUGUACGUGAACGUGCUGAAAUGAACAUGUUCAUCAGACAUGCUCAUAAUUUGGUGAUGAGCUGCUCAUUAUGCAACUCACAAACGAGAGCAUGUUCGUAGUUCACUCUGGAGACAGCGGCUGAUUUUCUUGCAGGAUCCGAGAGUUACUGAGCACUGGCUUGCUCCUAGUAUCUCGCAUUUGUAGUUGUAGUUAGCUCUUGAACAUAUGAAGUAUGAAAUAUAAAAGUCUCUAUGGUUUCAUAGAGGAGAUUAUUGAAUAAUGUAAAAAAUAUUAUUUAAAAUGUUAAAACUUGAGCUGUGAAGGUGAAGUGCUUCAUUUCGAUCUGUAAGAGCUAAUUUUUUUGUGUAAACUUGCACCACACUGGUCAUCACUUUCUCAUCUCUUGCCUGCUUCGGCUCAGCCCUGCAGGGGCCAAAAAACUGCAGAUUGAGACCCUCACCAAGUGCACUGUCACAUAUGUGCAUAAACAGACACACACAGACAAACUCACACUCUAUUCAGGUGUAUUUUCUUUAUAACCCUGAUGAAGGAUUUAUUGAAAAUGUCACUUCAGUGAAACAGAAAAUAAAAAAAAGGAUUUUAUUAUGAAAUAAAAGAUGAUUUUAGUAUGAUAAAUAACGAAAAAAUUGAAGCUUGUGUUAAAGUAAUAAUAUAUUGGCGUACAAAAAAAACCAGACAAAAAUGAAGGCAGAUUUUUUUCCUUUUUUUUUGCCGAUUAAAAACUAAAAAACAUGUUUUGAUCUACAGUUUUUUUUUUCUUAAAGCUCCUGUGAGUAACUUUUGUGUUGAUUUUGGCUUCCCCUGUGGACAAAUUGGUGUAUUAUAAAAAAACCCAAAUACUUUACCCUAUAAUCUUAGUAAAAAUUUUAAUUAUUAAAAAUGCACAAUAAACAUCAAACAGUAAAAAAUAGUGUAAGGUUAAUACUGUAUGACUGGUGCAAACCCCCUGAACAACAUCUUAGACUAUAAAACUAAGUUUAAAAUGAUGAAUUUCGAUCCUGAUGGUUUUGUUUGCUCUGUGUGUCAUUUAUACGCCACAUUAUUAAUUUCACUGUGUUUCAUAAUCAGCUAAUAUUUCUUCACCACUGACCAUCCAGUGAGCACACAACACAGAACAAGAAUGAGAUUGACAGCUCACUUUUUGUUUUAGUUACUUUUUGGUUCUGCCUGAUACUGUCAGCCUUUUAAAACAUUGGUGAGGUGAAGCUGCUUUGUCUUGUGCGUAAAUGUACUUAUGUCUGUCAGUUUGGAAAGUGGCUUUUGUUUCUGUUGUUUAGCAGGAUUUUUUUUACGAUGAAAACAUCAAUUUAUGCAUCAUUGUAGCUUAAACAGUGAGCUGCGUUUGCUGUCUGCAUUAGUAGUGGCACAGUAAAGGGAGAGAAUUAAUUAGCUGUCUCUGGUCCGAUGUGUUGAAGUGGAACAGCUGGAAUCUGCCGUGUAAAUAGUAACACACCUGCCCACAGUUACACCUGUCUCUUAAGAGGAAUGAGAGCAAAUGCACAGAUUUUUUUUUUAACGUAUUUUCCACCCAAAACAUGUCCAUGAAUACACCCUGAGACUUACUCAGCAACCUGCUACUGCGCCACUUAACUUUCAAAAUAUGGUGGGACACGCCCUAAUUCACUUUGAACCAUGAACGUAUGUCUGAGACAGUGGUUCUCAAGUCCAGUCCUCGAGUCCUCCAGGUCCAACACACCUGAUUAUAAUGAUCAGCUCGUUAGUAAGCCAUUACAGAGCUUAAUAACGAGCUGAUCAUUUGAAUCAGGUGUGUUGGAGCAGGGAAACAUCCAAAACAUGCAGGACAGUGGGCCUCGAGGACUGGACUUGAGAACCACUGGUCUAAGAGGUUAUAGGGUGUUGUUACAAUCUCUGCAGGUGUCUGUCUGGGUUAAAGGGGAAGAGACCAAAUGUCAAGUCACAGAAUAGAAUAGUUUAGCCGACAAAUGAGGCAAAUACUUCCCCCUGAAUCUGCCCCUGCUUUAUGACUCCAUGCUCCGUCACCUCUCUGCGCGCAUGCUCAUCACUUAAGCACUUGGGUAACUGUAAUUAUCACUUCUAUCAUCUUCUACUGAACUCUGCGUUUGUUGUAAUUUGUCCUGAAGGGUCAGUCAUGCAGACUUUGUACAGUAGCUCACCAGCUCGUCCCCCCAGCGCCUUCCUGAAGUUUAAUACUAAUCCAACAGGACAGGAGUCUCAGAGCUUCACAUACGAGCUCGGCUUCUGUGGCUUUUUGUCAUGGAGCUUCACAAACAAAGAGAGACAUUUACUGUAACUGAGGAACAGUUUAGAGAUGAAGAGCCUUUCAGGAAUGUUUGAGAGUCUGAAAAUCUUUAAAAAUAAAGAUUUAUCUGACUAUUAAAGCAGUGUCUAACAUGUCUGUAAAAAUCAGUUAUCCUCAUUUUUUAAAAUUCUAACGUCCAUAAAAUAAACUUGGAUAACCCAUGCCGUCAAGAUGAAAACUGUUUCCAAACGAUUAAAAUUAUUGUGUGUACACUACAACAACUUUUGGAAACAGGAAAUCAUCUUGUUUGCACAUUAUAAGAGGGUUUAUUUUAGGGUCGUCUGUUUGGUUUCAAACUUAUUCCUGUUCAUUUUAUCUUCACUCGUGACAUUUUGACUUUAUUCUGAAGAUGACAAACAUUAACUACUUCUCCCUCUGGUUCAUUCUUUCUGAAUGCCUCGCAGUGACCUAAAAGUCUUUCCUUAUUCCCAUCAGUAUUUUUAAAAAAUGACACAAAAGUAAAACUUCCUCUCUAUCUCUAUACCUGCAUUGAUUAAACUUCAGCAUCAAAAGGAUCGUCGAUAAUUUUUCUCCAUGUUUUGAUCCUUCUUCUCUGCGGUGAAUGAUGAGUUAAAGUUUUUCUUUAUUUCUUUUUCAUUUUCCACAUUAAUACCAAGGUCUGUUUGUGUCUUUCUUUAUCCCCUCUUGUCUUUUUCAGUAAGUCUGGAGGGAACUCUUCUUCCAGUGUAGAGGAUGAGGUCUCGGCCUCUAUCCGCCCCCUCAUUUCCUCGGCAGGUGAGAGCAUCGACAGGGGGCGGGGCUUCUCAUAUCCAGCUGUCAGAUUAGAGCCGACAAACGUAGACAGAAAAAGCCUCGAAAGCCUUCCCAUGUCUCUGCGUAGAGCUUAAGUUCACUGCGUAGACUUGUUGGUACAUUUUCCCAUGAUCCUCCUCUUCCUCCAGUUGAGGACUGCAGGCGCUCUGAGACUGGGGCUUACAACAGUGAAGACUAUGAACCCCCCUGAACUGCACUCAUGUGACUUUGUGACUAUAACUUUAGGACAAUAGAAACACUUUUCACACUUUCUAUAUGCCGGUUAUCCUGAUAGGUUUCAUUUCUAUGACUUUUUUUGAUGAUUUUGACGCAUGUUUUAAUGCCCUGAAGAUGUUUUGGUGACUUUAUUUCUAACAGCAGCUUCUGACGGCUCUCUCACUGUGUUCUCUCCCUCCUGCAGGAAAGCAGAAACAGAAAGUGGUAAGUUUGGUGACGGUAAAAACUCACUCAUCCAUCAUCCACUAGACAUUUGUCCCAUCAUUAGAUCGAUACAAGUUACAGCCUCUUAUUAGAUGUUUGCAAAGACUAGAUUAUUUACAUCAGAUUUAAACUUAUUUAUCAGAGGUUUACAUUUUUUUGAGUCUCUAAAAGUAGAAAUAAAAGUGGCAUUAAGAGGAAAAGUGUUCCCAAAAUUAAAACCCCUAAGCCUUAUUGUGACAUUUGUGUUUGUGUGAUCAGACGGAGCACAUCCCCCCGUACGAUGUGGUUCCCUCCAUGAGGCCUGUGGUGCUGGUUGGACCCUCGCUUAAGGGUUACGAGGUGAGCUGAUGAGAAAAUCUUGCAGACGGUAUAUAAGUCCUGAUUAUUCUCCCAUAUUAACUAUGUUAGCGCAGUUAUCGCUAACAGCACACAUAUCAUUCAGAUUUCCAGCAUGUGAACUGGAGUUAGAGGUCAGAUCAUUUUUGCCCUUUUCAGAUUUUGCUAAUUUUCAUUUACUGAAUGUGAAGAAAACUGAUCAGCUGAAACAGUUUAAGUGUGUGUUGCUGCUUCUCUCAGCCCUUGUAGAGAGAGAUUUCUGGUUGGUUAAAGAAAAUAAGUCAAGAUGUAUAAUGAAGUAGCAUCAAUAUUUGAUUCUUCUUGCAGAAGCAACACCAAUCAGAAAACAGGCAAAUGACACUAAAGAUCAAACACCAAUAAUGACUAAUGUGCAUUUUAUCUCUGCAGGUAACAGACAUGAUGCAGAAAGCUCUGUUCGACUUCCUUAAGCACAGAUUUGAUGGCAGGUAAGACAGAUUUAACAAUAAUGGUCUGCAAAGUUGUCAAAAUAAUGGUUCUUGAUGCUGCAUGCUUGAAAGAAAUACCCAAGUUGCAUGUCUUUUUCUUUCUCAACAAUAUUUUUAUUAGUUUUAUACAGAAUAUACAAAGGAAACACAUCACAAACUCCAUCUUUCCCUCAAAACCCCGUCUACUGCUGGAUAUUGCCAUUACUGUGCUUAAAUAACAAAUUCUGGAGCUACAACAAAAAUAAUAGGAUUAAAAAAUAAAAAAUAAAUAAAAAAUACAAGUAAGUGCUGGAAUUUGGGUUUUGUAGAUCUUGAAAUACAUAAGAUGUUGAGGAAUAAAAAGUAAAAAGAGAAGAAGUUUAAUGAACAACUGUACGUUAAGAGAAAUACAAAUAUAGACACGUCGCUGAAAACUGAAAAAGUCCAUAAAAGAGAUAAGAAUUUAAAUUGUAUGAUUAUAAAACAUCUCAGAAAUAUAUUUCAAAAAGAAAACAACUAGAAGCACGUCUUUUUUUUUUGAUUAGGAAACAGGAAUUUAUCCUUUAAGUGCACAAUUCUUGCAGUAAUUGACUAACUGGGUUCAGAUAUAGUAUUUGUAUAGAAGAUAUUUAGAAGACUAUUUGGACUUGAUGACAAAAUUCAUGUAAAAAAAAUAAUAAAUAAAUGCAGCAAAUACUCCAGAAUCAUCACCCAGGUACAAGAGGUCACCUGUACUACAAAGUUGUGUUGUUUUUUUUUUUUACAUUGAUCAUUUCUCUGUUCAAAACAAAUUAAAAACGUUUGUUUCUUUUUGCAGGAUAUCGAUCACACGAGUCACAGCAGAUAUAUCUUUAGCAAAGAGGUCUGUCCUCAACAACCCCAGUAAGAGAGCCAUCAUUGAAAGAUCCAACACUCGCUCUAGCUUAGGUGAGAACAUCUUUGCUCUGCUUCCAUCACAUCAACUUUGACUGUUAUCAUAGAUCUGUUCAACUCAUUUCUAUAUAUCUGUAUCAUCCACGGUACCUGGUUUGUGUCUAAGUCGUGUAUUUUAUUCGUGUCUGUCUCCUCAGCUGAGGUUCAGAGUGAGAUCGAGAGGAUCUUUGAGUUGGCUCGCUCUCUGCAGCUCGUGGUGCUGGACGCUGACACCAUCAACCACCCGGCCCAGCUCCUCAAAACCUCACUGGCCCCCAUCAUCGUUCACGUCAAAGUCUCCUCGCCAAAGGUACUGAAUACUUGCUGCAUAUCAUCAAUCAUCAACUCUGUAGCAAACUUCUGUUUUUGUUUUUAUUCAAACCUUUUUUACUCUGAAUAUGAAACGUGGAUUAAACAGAAGUUAAUCCUACGAUAUAACGUCCACAGCUCGGAGGCUGAAGACAUGUUAAAGGUAACUGUGUGUCUGCAAGGUUAAUAUUUUCCACAGAGAACCACAGUACUCUCUUUAAGAACCAGCAUGAAGUACCACUCAAUAAUACCAUGCAAAGUCUAUUUUAACCAAGCAGAUGGAGCCAAUUCAUCCUGAGUUCACAACAGCACCUUUUGCAUGGAAGAGUAUGUUUGCUGCACUUCUUCCCUUUACACAGCAAUGACUCUACUAGCUGACUCUAUUCACUCAAGGGAAUCUCCAAUGCAAAUGUGUCCUGAAAUCCUGACUGCACAGAUGCACUCUUUGAGUGAGUCACGUCCUCAAAGAGUGACUGUAACUCUUGUUUUGCACCAAAUUCUAUGAGCAUGCACCAUGCUUACUUCAGGACAGAAACGUAACAUACUACAAAAAAGUGAAGAGUCAGCUCGGUUUAAUUAUUUAAUUCAAAUAGGACUAAUACCACGGACUUCUUAAAAAAGUGGACAUGAGGUACGUCGAGGAAUCAUCAAGGAAAUAUAGAAACCAGCGCCUUUGUGGCAGUGUUGGUUUCGUUGACGAUGACUUUUUCGUCAACAUCAUAGUCAACGAAAACACUGCAGAAUAUAUGUUUAGCGUUUGACUGACGAAAUGCUCAUGAAUUUUGCGACCCUGUUCGUCGUCCACUACUCUUGUCUCGUCUCGUCAACGUAAACGCACAUUUGUCUCGUCACAUUUUAGUCAUCUAAGACCUAUGUUUAGCUCGUCAACGUCACGUCUUCGUCGUGGAAAAAAAAGGGGCAUUUCGUCAAUGUCAUCGUCCAUGAAAACAACACUGCUUUGUGGAAAUGUUUUAACUGACAGACACCCUCUCAUCACUCACUGAUUGGUUGCUACAGUGGAUCAGACUUUCCUGAAACUGAGUAUCACCGACUAAAUCACACCGAGGGGUGUCUUGAAUCAUGCGUUGGUUUUGAAAUGGUCAGUAUGUGAGGAGUUUGAUUUAAAAUGGUGCAGGAUACAGAAUAAACAGACCCCAGGUUGUUCUCCGUGUGCAGGUGUUCAACAGGUAAUGUAUAAAAGCAAAUCACUUCAAACUGACAAGUUCACUUUGAUUCUCGUUUAUGCUCUGUGGUCAGCGCCUAACAUUUUUGGUCUUUAUCAAGCCAAAGUAAGUCAGAUUUUUCUUCAUGGAGUCUGAUCCUCUUUUUCUUCAAUUGUCCAGGUCCUGCAGAGGCUAGUGAAGUCCAGAGGAAAGUCUCAGAGCAAACACCUGAAUGUGCAGCUGGUGGCAGCUGACAAACUGGCCCAGUGUCCUCCAGUAAGUCAUUGUCCAAAAACACGUUUGAUCCGCGUGAAUUCAUCUGCAAUUUUAUCUCUUUACAAUAAGCAGGCUGAGUUUAUGCACAGCUCUGACUGUCAGUCCUUACAUGCAGUGUGACUGUCGAGGUCUUUUAAUCUUACCUCCCACCUCCCUCUCCCUCUCCUCCCUCGACCAUCUGCCAUCAGGAAAUGUUUGACAUCAUCCUGGACGAGAACCAGCUGGAGGACGCCUGCGAGCAUCUCGCCGAAUACCUCGAGGCCUACUGGAAAGCGACCCACACCUCGAUGGCCACGCCCCUGAACCCCCUGCUGGGACGCAACCUGGGCCCUACCACCCUCACCCCCUACCCCACCAGCAUCUCUGGACUGCAGGUACACACCGACCCGACCCAGGACGAAUGAUAAGUUUAGCUUUAUCUGUGUCGCUGACUUGUCUGUGUACCAGUUUAAGGAUUUAUUUGACCCUUUUCUGAGGAAUAUUUUAAGACAUGUUGAGGUUUUUAAUCAUGCGCCCUGAUAGUAAUGUUUUCCUCUGUUUGUCGCCUCACUCUCGUCUUUGUGUUUCCGUGUUCAGCAGAGCCAAAGAAUGCGACAGAGCAACCACACGGGUGACCACUCCACUCCCAACGAACGGCGCAACCUGAUGACGUCAGACGAGAACUACCACAACGAACGGGCGCACAAGGGACGCAACCGCAUGUCUUCUGGCUCGCAGCACAGCCGAGAGCAGCAGGACCCCUACCAGGACUACCAGGACCCCUAUCAGGAUGCAUACAAGCCACAUCGCAACCGCAGCUCACCGGGCAGCUACAGCCAUGACUCCCGGCACCGGCUCUGA